GUAGGGAAAAAUACGGUAAAUUUUUACUAUAUCAUUAAUUUUGAGGUAUCAACCGUGAAAUUCGACCUGGCCUAUACUCUGGACCAUGUUUUAAUGCUGAAGAUAGGCUGAACAUAUAUGAAAACCACAUAUUUUACGCAGCAUGGUGUGUGUUUUGAUCAGCUGAUGCAUUGUUCCGCUACUCGGGUCACGUGCUUAUGGUUGUGUGUAUAUGAUGGCCAGUAGACGAGACGGAGACGUAUAACAGUUAAGUACUCGUCCGAGAGCAGCUGAUCUCGCGAAAAAGGGAGGCUGGACAUACUAAAACGGAAGCUUUAAAGUGCCUGUUAACUCAACGCCAGGGCCAGACUAAGCCACAUCUGUCCUUGAUGUCUGUUCAACAUUGAACUUCCAUAGAGACAUCCUCACCUUUGAAAAUUGGACAGAAGAGAUUGUCACAAGUUAAAUUUGGUUCUCUGUGAAAUAGAUGAGAGUUUUAUUUCCUCUAUGAAGAGUUCCUUUGAUAUCUUCUGCAGACUCAUGACAACUCUCAGGUCUCCAAGGAUUCCAACUCACCAGUCGUCUGCUGUUGGAAGGACCGCAGGUGAUUACUUCCGACUUGCUGGCGGGUAAUCUCUCAGGAUUUUCUUGGUCCCCAAGGGCCAACGAUUAUGUAAACUUGGUUAAAUACUCAGUGUGGCCAGGCUAAUAGGGUUUAACUGCUGCCGUUCUUGUUAUUGUUGUGUUGUUGAGUUAUUGACUGUAUCAGACAAAUCAUUUCUCCCCAGAGUGACCGAGGACGUGCUCACAAUUAAUGUACCAAUACAGACCGGUGGACAAAACUACUGAUUUUAAUUCAUUUUUAAACUGUUUUAUUAAUCAGAAUAGCAUUUACAAUUCAACAUUUAAAAUGAAAUAUUCUUAACAGAAGACAUUGAUGAAAACCACCUUUGCAAUAUUUUCAUAAUCAAAUUGAUAUCUCCGAGAAGAAGUUGCAUUUUAAAUUGCAUUUGAUUAUUUUAACAAAUUGUGACAUUUUUAUAGACUUUACAUGCUUAAAAGGAAAUGUUCUACACCUUGAAGAAUAGCAGUGCUUUUUAACAGAGGCGUAACACUGAUGUAUUGUUGAGCUUGAUACAGUCGCAGCGAAACUGAUAGUGCUAUAUUAUAGUCAGAGUGCUAGAUAACUAGGUCAUCACUGGUAAGCUGUUACCUGUAAAACCUUAGUGAAAUCAUGGGAAAAGGAAAGCAUCCUGAUAAUCAUGAAGAAGAGGAGUUGGAUGUGGCAGUGCCCCCGGACGGUGGAUGGGGGUGGAUGGUCGUACUUGGCUCAUUUGCGCUCCACGUCAUCGCUGAUGGAAUUGUUUAUUCCUUUGGAGUAUUCUAUAUUGACUUUCUGGAUUAUUUCAAAGGAGGCAAAGGAGAGACGUCCUGGGUAGGCUCUCUCGUGCCUGGAGUAACGCUCACCGUAGGACCCAUUGCAAGUGCCCUUACAAAUCGUUAUGGUUGCCGUGUGGUGACAAUAGCUGGUGCCUUGAUAGCCUCGCUCGGCUUCAUCCUCAGUCUCUUCGCCCCGAACAUCUACUACCUCUAUUUCUCAUUUGGUAUAAUGUCUGGUCUGGGAUUCGGACUCAUGUACCUCCCUGCCAUCGUCAGUGUGGGACACUACUUUGAGAAGAAACGUUCCUUUGCUACCGGAAUAGCUGUAUGUGGUUCAGGAGUGGGCACAUUCAUUUUCGCUCCUCUUUCCAAAGUUUUGUUGGAUGAAUAUACUUGGCGUGGGGCCACUCUCAUUGAAGCUGGAAUUAUUCUCAACUGUGUCAUUUUUGGAGUUUUAUUCCGACCAUUGUUACCUACAAAAAAAUCAAAAAAGAAAUAUGAUGUUGAAGCAAAUGGGAAAAGUGAAAAAGAGGCACUUAUGAGGGAGAAUGGGGAUGGUAAACGAAGUUCUCUGCGUAUCCCCUCUGUAAGCAUCACAACAGAGCCAAGCUCUCCCUCAUCUUUGGUGGCUUUCGAUGCCAAUAAAAUUCUCACCCGAAUAAAAGUUGAGCAGAAUGGUAUAGCUCAAAUGGUACGAAGUGAUGGUGCACUACAUAAAAUGAAUGGAUAUUCAUCAUCUCCGCCAAGUUCUCCCACAAGUAACGUUGCCCCUGUGGUCCUCCGCUCAGGAACAUUUAGACGCCAACAUUCCACCAUGUCGUCCACCAGCCAUCUGUCUCCACUCGCUCGCAAAGACAUUUUCUACAGUGGGAGUUUGAUAAACAUUCCUCAGUAUAAAUCCAACCCGGAUCUCUAUGUGACUAGUGUUCUAUCCAUUCCAGAGCAAGUUUCAAAUGAAGAUGAUUGGUUUAUUUUCCGGUGUUUAAAUCUCUCCCCAGAAGUACGAGAUGCAGUGAGACAGAUGCUUGAUUUCUCUCUUCUGAAGGAUCCAAUUUUUCUCUUGUUUGUUGUGUCAAACUUUUUUACAAGUAUCGGCUUCAACAUGCCGUAUAUUUACCUGCCUGACAGGGCAUUAGAGGCAGGCAUCUCAAAGACAGAUGCAGCGUUACUGGUGUCUGUGAUCGGGAUCGCUAACACAAUUGGUCGGGUGGUGUUUGGCUGGAUGGCUGACCAGAAGUGGGUGAAUCGUCUGAUGCUGUAUAGCACAGCCCUAACAAUCUGUGGGAUCGCCACCGCCCUUUCUCCUCUAAGUAACAGUUUUGAAUACCUACUGGUUUACGCAGCAGUCUUCGGAGCCUUCAUAGGUGUCUAUGUCGGACUGACCUCAGUGGUGUUGGUAGACCUACUAGGACUGGACAAGCUGACCAGUGCCUUUGGACUACUGCUCAUGUUCCAGGGAGUAGCCACGCUCAUCGGUCCACCUAUUGCUGGCUGGCUGUAUGACGCUACAGGAAGUUACGACAUUUCAUUCCAGCUGUGCGGUACAGUUGUGGCUGUCAGUGGCUUCAUGCUGUAUUCUAUUCCUUUGAUCCAGAAAUGUCUCGGUCGCACAGGGCCACCUGGAAAAGCUGUGGAGUUCACUGUCGAUGUGGACAGUAACGAAGUGGAGGGGGACCAAUCCAGUCCAAUCUAAGGCUAUGCUACUGCUUGAAGUAUGUGCUGUGAUAUAGGGGAGUCUUUCUGCAUCAUGCCUCAGUUGUUGGAGAUUCUCAUAAAGAUUAUUGGUUCCUCUGGUUAAAAUCAUAUUGCAUAAUGUUAGGAGUUUUUGACAUACUUUCUACCAUGGAAAUCUGACAACAGCAAUACUAAGAUUCAUCAUUCUGCCAUUAGAAGUUAGUAAUCUGACAGCAGCAAAGACAGAUUGUAGACGUCUUAUAAGCAAUCCACAUCAUUGUAACAGGAAUGUUAUGCAGAUUGCUGAAGUGCAGCUAGUCUGGUCACAUUUAGACAGUCGUUACAUUUAUUGAUAGAUGUACAGAUUGAGUUAUAGUAUCAUAGAAGAUACGUUUAGAUAUCUGUAUUAAGUGUUUUACUGUUGACACUUUAGUAACUUACCUUGUCUAUUAAAGUGGUAAAUCACAUGUAAACAGACUUUAACGUUUUAUUCUGAGGGAGUCACUUAUUGCCGUUGUUCUAAUAUUAUUUGAAUAGUCCCAUAAACAAUGUUCAACAUGUGCUUUUGAACUAUUAAACUAGCUAGUCCAAUUUAAGUUUUUGUUUAGUGAUAGAGAAAUGAUAGUCCAUUAUUCUGCUGUAGUCUCCAUUAUACAUGAGGACUGUCCUGUAGUUCUGCUUAGAAAUGGGAAAUUUAUUACUUUUAUUUUGUACUAAAAAACCAAGGAAGCUAUAAAAGCUGGAUUUCAAGUCCCCGGGAAUGAUGUAGGGGAGGUAAUGCAGACUGUAUCAUGCUUUGUAUGUUAAUUAAGGGAGAUAACUCAGACUUAUUGUUGGUCAAGAAAAUAGCUACGAAUUUAUCAUUGCUAUAAUUGUGAUUGACGUGUGCUAAUUAAGAAAUGUCAUUACUUAGAGUGCUCAAUCUGCUUAACGUGCAGAAACAAAUUUAAAAAAUAAGUUAAAGGCAAUAAUAACUGUCUUCGCUUAUAUGCAAGAGACUGAUUUUAAAAUCUAAAUUUUAUGUUAUAUAUGUAUAUUGUGUAUUUGAUAUUGUACAAUUGUUUUGCUGGAUAUGAUUUGAAAUCUUAAAUGUUACAUUGAUAUUUACUGUAUGUUUGAUAUUAUACAAUUGUUAGGACUAUUAUAUAUACAUUCAAUGUGUAAAGCUACCCAGUUGAGGUAUACAGAAAUAUGACUGCCAUGAUGAAUCAUGUUUUGAAUGUGUAAGGUUUCACAUGAACAAUUAAUUUACAGGUACUACUUUUAUAAAGUGGUAUUUUGAAAGGGUUUCUUUCCUGAAGAUGGAAUUAAAUUAUUGCAUGAAAUUUCUAUGAAAUGAAAAUGCAAUGAAGGAGAGUAGAUACAAUGCACCAACAUAAGGGUGUGUUGUGCCUGUUGUGUUGUAUGCCUUUUAAAUGUAUUAUAUUGUGUGGAUUUAUGGACAUGCAAUACUAAUGCUGCAAGAGGGAAUAGAAAACAAAUCCAAUACUUAAUCAAACAUCUCUGUUGAUUUGAAGAGGUGUUCAUAUACAUGUUUUAAUUAACAAGUCUAAUUAUUGGAAUCAGUAUAUAAAAAUUAUACAAUGACUAAUUGUCAGAAAAAGUACAUAUUGAAAUUCUUGAUUUUUCAACAAUAUAAACACGGAUAUGUAAAUUUAGUCUGAGAAAAAGAUUUAGAACAAAUUACCAGGAACAUUGCAUUUUAAAUAAUUUUUUGAGAUAUAACAAUUAUCUGUUUUCCAGCUGAAGUUCUAAAACUGUUGUUUGAUAAUUGUGUAUGUAUGAGCGUGAGGUUUAGCAGAAUAUUUAGUUUUAUAAUGGCAUUUUAGCGUUAAUUUUAGUUUUCGUAUUUUUAUUUACAUGAUGUUGAUUAUUGUGUUGGCUCAUUAAUUAAUUCAAAUUAACUUUGUAGAACUCAUUGUGAGCAAUGGUAGAAGGAUUUACCCAGUGUUGAUGGUAGGUUUAUAUAGUAGAAAGUUAACUGUGUGGGCAAUGGUAGAAGAAUUUACCCAGUGUUGAUGGUAGGUCUAUAUAGUUGAAAGUUAACUCUGUGGACAAUGGUGGAAGGAUUUACCCAGUGUUGAUGGUAGGUCUAUAUAGUAGAAAGUUAACUGUGUGGGCAAUGGUAAAAGGAUUUACCCAGUGUUGAUGGUAGGUCUAUAUAGUUGAAAGUUAACUCUGUGGGCAAUGGUAGAAGGAUUUACCCAGUGUUGAUGGUAGGUCUAUAUAGUAGAAAGCUAACUGUGUGGGCAAUCGUAGAAGGAUUUACAUAGUGUUGAUGGUAGGUCUAUAUAGUAGAAAGUUAACUGUGUGGGCAAUGGUAAAAGGAUUUACCUAGUGUUGAUGGUAGGUCUAUAUAGUUGAAAGUUAACUGUGUGGGCAAUGGUAGAAGGAUUUACCCAGUGUUGAUGGUAGGUUUAUAUAGUAGAAAGUUAAUUGUCACACAAGUUGACGCAAUUAAUGUUCUUGAUUCCUUUUUAGAAAUUGAUCAAUGAUAGACACCUGUUAACAUAGGUUCUAUCUCCUAUGUAUUCUGUUUAUACUUUUUGAAUAGGCUGAUGUGAACAAAGUAUGAAAUUUUUUUGUAUUUAGGACCGUGUUUAAACAAUACAAGGAGUUUUGAAGUCCUUCCAUAACUUUUGGUGUCUCAGUGUUAAAAAACCCAAUUGUUAUCAUUUGCCGAGUCUUAUUAGCCUAUUUAGUUUAAGUUGUUUUCAUUAUAAAGUUACACACUAGAUCGAAAUUGGCUUUGUUCAUUCAAAUGACAGACAUAAGAGUUAAGAAAAGAACAAUUUUGUAAUAUUGAGGGGAAUUUAGCCUGGGAGAAUAUUUAGUAGAAAUAUCCUAUUAAUUUUAAUACAGUUAUAAUAAUGACUUGUACAUUGUAUUUAGUUUCAAUUCAGAAACAUUUUUUAUAAUACUGCUUUAUUGUUACUUAAUUGUUUUUGCUUACUCUAGCAUAAGAGAAAAAUUGAAAAUACAUAUAUACACAGUAUGUAGAUUUCUUAUUUCCCUCGAGGUUUAUAACACUAUAAUCAUUAAUUACGCUGGUUUGGUGUAAACGCGAAGUCCAUACAAACGACAUUCAUGUUAUAUACGAUCCAUUAAGUGUUUAAUGAGCUGCUAUUUUAUUGUUGUUUCAAUAAUAUUGUUUGUCAUAGUAAACAUAAUGACAAAAUCAUAUGAUUAUAAUAACAUGUUUUUUUAAUGUCUUUAUUGUUUUAAUGAAAAAAUCAGAUGUCUCAGUGUUAUAACUGUGAUAAGUAUUUUACAAGCUACUCACGUAUAAAUAUUUUACUUUACAAAAAACGUUUUAGGAAUCCCAGCUGAACACUUCCUACCUUUAGAGUCGAUCAAAUGAGCUGUAUAUCAAUCCAGUAUGAAAUCAGUCAGUUUUGUUCAUGCUGAAUUAAUUUAAUAUGGUCAUUUUGACUUUAUAGUACCAUAUCUUUUUCUACUUCAUAACUGGAGUGAUAUGCUUUAUAAAGUUAUGAUUCCUUUACUUCUAAGCCAGUUAAAUGUAGUGCAAUAUAUUGAUAUUAUUAUGUUGAUUUGCUUUAUAAAUGCAUCCUAUCCUGCUUCCUGAACAGUCGAAGCUUAAGGAUACCCGUACCACUGACACAAAAUAGUAGCUAAAGGUUGGAAACUGUUCUUUCUGAUAUGACUGUAGCUUUGAUAAAAACUUUUUCUGAAGAGAAAACCGUACCUUAAAGGACAUUUAUGAGAAAUAAUAAGGAUGAAUUAAAUACAACAUAAUCAUCAGUAGUGUUUCGAGUGUAAAGUUUCAGUGGGGCUAGCCUGAGAUUCAAACUGCAGACUUCAGAUUGUUAUACUAUCAUCCUAGCCAAUUGAGCUACCUGGUCAUUGGAAGUGCACUGGCCCAAUAUUUCUACAGUUACAUCCAAACGGAAGUUUAGGAGAGAUUACGCUAUGUAGGAAAAACCACAGUGCAGUGGGACAGGGAUCCUUAAGUGUAUAAUACCUGUCCAUUUAAUGUAGAUCCUCCUCAUUAGUUGACAUCCCCCAAAGGUUAAGAAUGAAGUUUGGUUCCUAAUCAGUCUUGUUUAUGAUAAAUUAUGACAGCUGUGCUGUAUUUGUAUUGGGGACAAAUGAAACUUACAUUUAUAAAUGAAUUUACAAAGAAAGGUAAUGUUGAACAGAGGGUCCAGCUAUAUUGAUAUUGAAUUGAUUUAAGCAAUAUCAUAAUUGUUAAUCAAAAUAAGUCAAUCAAAUCCUAACACAUUUAUGUCAAUAUGGCGGUUAUCCCAAGUUUCCUCUGUCCCCGACACCAGACUUAGACAUUUUUUGCAGAUAGAUGUCUGGUUUGGGGCCAGAGGGCAAUACUACACCGUUUGGUAUCACUGAGUUUUGAGGUGCUGGGGAGGACCUGCAGUGCUAAGGCCAGGAAUAUAUCAAAUGACUGAGUCAAUAUUUACAUCUAAAAUUGGAUGAUAGUUGUAAUCCCCAUUACAGGAUCAGAUUACUACAAUAGCCUAGUUAAAUAGUAUGUAUUUUAUCUGCUUGUAGGUAAAUAAACCAACGCUUCCCAAUAAGUACUAAUGUCAUUUAUCAUGGGAUUAUGAAAAUCCCAUUUAUGUGAUAUUGUGAUAUAUUUCUAGGAAUGAGGUUUUCCUGUGAAGGUGCUUUGAAGAAAUUUAACAUUCAGAAGAUUUUGUUUUGUUAUGAAAUUGAAGCAAUAUUAGAUACAAAGUCACAUUCCAUAGGUCGUUUAUAAGGCCUGAAACGCAAAUCAUGCUCAGACAUAUUUUUGUAUAUAUCUUUAUUCAUGUUUUGUAAAUAUUUCAACUUUGAUUGUAACAUAUUUUUUAAACAUCUUUAAAAUAAUUGCCAGUUAAAUGUGUGGAAGGUAGAUGUUGCUCAUCUUAUUUGCAUGCCAUGGUAGUUUAUGUAAGACUUGGCAGUAGAACCUUGUUCAUCCUCGAUAUCCAGGGGUUACAUCAUCCUCGAUAUCCAGGGGUUACGUCAUCCUCGAUAUCCAGGGGUUACG